AUGUCUACUACCGAAAUAGCUCAAAUUUCACAGGACGAUCUAGAAGAGAUUCAUAAGCAAAGAGUUUUAAAUCUCAAAAGAAAUUGCGUAAAAUUAUACAAUUACGAUUAUAACGCUAUGCCUGUUGAUGGAGCUCAGUUGGUAGAAUUCGAAAAAGAUCUAUUGUACGAAAACACUAAAAAUCAACUCUAUUUUUCAGUGAAUGAUAUGAACCCACGUGAUUUUAAAAAUUUUAUUUAUGACGACCUCAAUAAACUCAUAUACUGUUACGUGCCAAAAGUGGCUUGCACAAAUUGGAAAAGGGUCUUAUUGGUGCUAUCGGGAAAAGGUGGACCGACCCCAUUGGAUAUAAGACCGGAUCAAACUCAUAGCAGAGAAAAUUUCCAAUUUUUAAACAGCCUUAAUAUGUCGGAGAUCAAGUUCAGAUUAUCAAAAUACUUAACAUAUGUCGUUGUUAGAGACCCCAUUGAAAGGGUGAUAUCAGCGUUUAGGGAUAAGUUUGAAAUGAGCUACAGUGAAUAUUUUCAAAAGACGUUCGGUAUAAAAAUUAUAAAAAAAUAUAGGAAAUCCCCUUCAAAAAGAUCUUUGGAAAGGGGUCAUGACGUUACCUUCCAAGAAUUCGUAAGUUACCUAUCAGAUUCAUACGACGAUUAUGGGCAGAGAGGAUUAAACGAGCACUGGAAAUCGGCUUACGCCAUGUGCCAUCCGUGUGCUAUAAACUACGAUGUUGUGGGUAGAUAUGAAACCUUAGAAAUAGAUGCCAAUCAUAUUCUAAAAAAGGCCAGGCUGAUUCAUAAAGUACAAUUUCCCCCCAUGCCUCAACAUCACGUUGGAAAUAGACGUACAUCCCAUAUGAUAAAUCGUUAUUUAAGGAGGCUGACCACGGAAUCCGUUUCACGUUUCGAACUCAUAUAUGGUUCCGACUUGUUUCUCUUCAAUUACACUUUCAGCAGCGGGUCUAUGGUUAAUUUACCGUUGGAUAUGCGCUAAAUCAAAUUAGGAAAAGUCAUAUACCGGUGUGAUAUCUCUUGGAUAUUUUAAUAAA